CAACAACAAACUGAAGACUGAAGUACCCGAAAGUAAUGCACGUUGCAGAAUCAUCAGAAUCGGAAAUGAAUAUAUACGGACUACAGGAGUCUACGAUGAAGUGGCGUUUCAACAAUACACUGAUCCAAAGUAAAUCUUUCCGCGCAUUAACGUGUACACGCAGAUAGAUAUGUUGUAAAAUAUAAAUACUACAAUGUCUACCAUCAUCUUAUCAUCAUCGUAUGGUCAAUCUUGCGCGCGCUGAUGGUCCAUACACAGCGGUGAUGCUUUGCAAAAUCUCGAGAAAAAGAUUAGCGCGUCGCUACUCUGUUCUUGUGUUUGCUGCAUGAUGAGGAACGGAUGGUGAGCGCAGCGGUAGCGCAAUGUCGAAGCCUAGCUGUAGUUUGCAGGAUGACAGCAGGUCCCGUGAUGUAUUUCGCAAUGCCCAGCAGCGAGAGUCCUUUGACAAUUGGGUGCAUUGCAUCUGCAUCGUUACGUUUGAUCUUGAACUUGGCCAGGCUAUUGAGGCAAUAUAUCCCGAAGAUGUGGAGCUUACGGAGCAGGAAAGAUCCAACAUUUGCUACUUGGCAUUUCCAGACUCCAACUCUGGAUGCAUGGGAGACACACAAUACCACGUAAGGAUAAGAAAGGGUGUUGCCAUUAGCAAGGGCUGCAACGAGACUCGAGAACUUAGAGAUUAUGAUAGAAAGUCACCCAUGUUCCUACAGACUGAUAAAGAUUACUAUUGGGGAUUUGUGUACUUUCGCCAAGUGAAAGAUAAGAAUCUUCCUAGAGGCUAUUUUCAAAAGAGCAUAGUAUUAGUUACAAGGCUUCCUUUUGUUAAUCUAUUUAGUGAAAUAUGCGCUCUCAUUGCUCCGGAAUUUUUCGAUAGUGGCCCCAUGUGCAUGGAUAGAGUAGUUAAAGAAAUCAGCAAAUGGCCUCCCCCUACUCCUGGUCAAGUUUUGCACUUGCCCCUGUUAGGGGUACUCUUUCAGACAUACAUCCCGAAUAACGCCAUCAAAACAGCUGUGCCGAACGUUGCUGCGUCAGAAUGUGCCCCUGCCAAGACUGCAGCUGCAAGGAGUUUGAUUCUGGUGUCUGCCUAUGAUGGUGAUAUGUUUAAGAGUCUCUCGAGCAUUGUCACUCACAUACACUUGUUAUGGGAGCUCGUCUUGUUAAGCGAGCCGAUUGUUGUAAUGGCUAGUUCACCCACUAUUUGCUCUGAUAUUGUUCAUACUCUCACCGCAAUGAUUGCCCCACUCAAGUAUUGCGCCGAUCAUAGACCGUACUUUACCAUCCACGACUCAGAAUUCAAAGAAUACACAGUGGAUAGUCAAAGUCCACCUGCAGUUAUUCUUGGGGUCACUAAUCCUUUUUUUGCCAAAACCUUGCGUCAUUGGCCACAUAUCGUUCGUGUAGCUGAAAACGGCUCGGUUGGAGAUAGUCCAAAGUACAAAUCAAAGAGAUCUGAAGGUCUGAAGGUCGUAGACUCGAAACCCGGACUUUAUACUCAGUAUAAACCUUUCCUACAAAAGGACAAAGGAAUUCUUAAAAAGUUGUUAAAAGGAGUUCAAACGAAAAGACCAGGAGAGGCGCAGACUGCAUUAUUGAGACGACACCUCACAGAACUGACCGAAAGCUUUAUGAUUCCGCUCGAAAGGUAUAUAGCGAGUUUGAUGCCUCUCCAAAAAACUAUAUCCCCUUUUAAGGCAACUCCGAUACCCCAACUUUUCAAUCCCGAUGAUUUCUUAGCUACUCUCAAUAACGCUGGUCCCCAAUUAACGACGGGGAUCAAAGGUGAUUGGGUCGGUUUGUAUCGUCGAUUUUUUAGAUCGCCCAAUUUUUCUGGCUGGUUCCACGCGCGAUACAUGGAGUUGACUAAUAAGCUGCAGGCGAUUCAACUUGAAGCCCUUUCACAAGCGAAUUUAACUGCAUGGGUGAGGGACAAGCAAGAAGUUGAGGUAGUCGACAUGAUUUUAAGAAUUCGUCAAAAAUUAGAGAAAAUAAAUCUUGAUGAUGUUCCCUUGAAAUACUCCGUUCAAGAGAUGCUGCGCGAGCGCAUCAACGAGAUUACACAAACCUUACCAGACGAUCUGCGAUUGAUCUUGAACAAAGAAUCUUGACAUCACUGCCGCGUUGUCGCUGCACUGAUGCAUACUCAGCAUCAGCAGAAGCGACAACCAAUCUAUUGCGCUAUCAAAGUUCAAGGGAUCUGUUGAGAGGGUAAAUCUAAUAACAUUCGGCUGAGGCCAUUUGUAUUUUGUUUUGUACUAAUGUUAAUGUUAUUUCAACUCGGUUUAGCGCGUAGAUGACACAAUUACCUUAGUGAUGAAACGGUUUUUUUUUUUUUUUUAAUGUAAAUUUUGAAUUUUUAUGAUGUAUUUAAAGCGAAACUCAUGUACAUACAAGGAAAUGACGAACUGUUUAUACAGCUGCUAUAUUUUUAUACUGUAUUAAAAAACUGCUUUUUUAAAAAAAACGAAUACAUUACCUAAAUAGUCUAAAUAAAAUAAUCAAAGGUGCGUUUACGAUUAAAAUCCGCCUUACUGUCUUACACUGCGGAAGUACACCCUUGCUUGCC